GGUAGGACCCGGGGAUGGAGGCAGAGGGAGGACGUCUGGAGAGGGUGAGCUGAGCUCUGAGCCGGACCAAUUCUGGGGACUGCAGCGCAGGGGGUUAUGGAGUGGGCGACUGGGAGGAGUAAGGGGAGCCGGGGGAGGGUCUUCGAGGGGGCCUGGGGACGGGGGACCAAGACGGAAGUCAGGGAAGGCCAGUGAGAAGCCGGGGGACCUUGAGGGAAAGGGCUGAGAACGGAAUCUGGAGGCAGGCGAUGAGAAUGCUAAGGGUGCCAGUGGGGGCAGAGGGGGAGCAGGAGCCGACGUCCAACGCCACCGUCUUUGUCUCUCCGCCCCAGGCGCUGCGGCGCUAAUGCUGCUGCUCCCUGCCACCAUGUUCCACCUGCUUCUGGUGGCCCGCUCGGGGCCGGCACGCCUCCUGGGCCCGCCCCCCUACCUGCCCGGGCUCGAGGAGCUGUGGAGCCCGAGGGCGCUGCUGCUGUGGUUCGCCUGGCUCGGCCUGCAGGCGGCGCUCUACCUACUGCCGGCGCACAAGGUGGCCGAGGGGCAGGAGCUGAAGGACAAGAGUCGCCUGCAGUACCCCAUUAACGGCUUCCAGGCCUUGGUGCUGACAGCCCUGUUACUGGGGCUGGGGGUAUUAGCUGGGCUGCCCCUGGAUGCACUCCCGGAAAUGCUCCUGCCCUUGGCAUUUGCCGCCACCCUCAUCGCCUUCAUCUUCAGCCUCCUCCUCUAUCUGAAGUCCCAGGUAGCUCCUGCCUCAGCCCUGGCACCUGGCGGGAACUCAGGUGAGAGGGGUCCCAGUGGGGUGAGGAUGGAGGCCGAUGGGGGCACCCGCCUGCACUUUCACCCUCUAUAUUCUCCAGGCAAUCCAAUUUAUGACUUUUUCAUGGGACGGGAGCUCAACCCACGGAUCCACUUCUUGGACUUCAAAUAUUUCUGUGAACUGCGGCCUGGCCUCAUCGGCUGGGUCCUCAUCAACCUGGCCCUGCUGAUGCAGGAGGCAGAGCUUCGGGGCAGUCCCUCAUUGGCCAUGUGGUUGGUCAAUGGCUUUCAGCUGCUCUACGUGGGUGAUGCUCUCUGGUAUGAGGAGGCCGUCCUUACCACCAUGGACAUUACACAUGACGGGUUUGGCUUCAUGCUGGUCUUCGGGGACUUAGCCUGGGUACCCUUCACCUACAGCCUGCAGGCUCAGUUCCUGUUGCACCAUCCACAGGCCCUGGGGCUGCCCAUGGCCUCUGCCAUCUGCCUCAUCAAUGCUGUUGGUUACUACAUCUUCCGUGGGGCCAAUUCCCAGAAAAACACCUUCCGAAAGAAUCCUUCUGAUCCUAGAGUGGCUGACCUCAAGACCAUCUCUACAGCCACGGGGCGGCAGCUACUGGUGUCUGGGUGGUGGGGUAUGGUCCGCCAUCCCAACUACCUUGGAGACCUCAUCAUGGCUCUGGCCUGGUCCUUGCCCUGUGGGGCUUCCCACUUGCUGCCCUACUUCUACCUCCUCUACUUUACGGCGCUGCUGGUGCACCGGGAGGCGCGUGACGAGCGGCAGUGCUUGCAGAAGUACGGCCUGGCCUGGCGUGAGUACUGCCAGUGUGUGCCCUACCGCAUAGUGCCCUACAUCUACUGA